AUGAAGACGUCGCUCGCCAUCCUGCCAUGCCUCCUGGCCACCGCCACCUGGGCCGCCGCCGCGCCACCGCCGCCGCCGACGCGGAUCAGCUACGACGGUUUUAAGGUGUUCCGCGUGCCGGUGCGCACCGAGGCGCAGCGCGUCAACGACGUCGUGGCCCGGCUCGGCCUGGGCGUGUGGCAGCCGGCCUCGCGCAAGGGCGCCUUUGCCGACAUCGAGGUGCCGCCCGCCAAGCUCGACGACUUUCGUCGCGAGAUGGAGGGCUUCGAGCUCAUCACCAUGCACGAGGACCUCGGCAAGUCGAUUGCCGACGAGGCCUCCUUUGAGGUUUAUGCCGAUGGUUCGGCCAACGACACCUGGUUCAACUCGUACCACCCCUACCAGGAGCACCUGCAGUGGCUCCAAGCGCUCCAGGCCGAGCAUCCCAACAACUCCGAGGUCGUCACCUCGGGCAGGUCGCUCGAGGGCAACGCCAUCACGGGCAUCCACUUCUACGGCAGCGGCGGCAAGGGGAGCAAGCCUGCCGUUGUCUUUCACGGCACGGUGCACGCCCGCGAGUGGAUUGCUUCCAAGGUCGUCGAGUACUUUGCCUACUCACUCCUCAACGGAUACAAGGACGACGCGGAGAUCCGGGGCUUUGUCGACAAGUACGACUUUUACCUGUUUCCCAUAGUUAACCCAGACGGCUUCAAGUACUCGCAGACCACCAACCGCAUGUGGCGCAAGAACCGGCAACGCAGCUCGCAAGGCAGCUGCCUCGGGCGCGACAUCAACCGCAACUGGCCCUACAAGUGGGACGGACCGGGCUCGUCGACGAACCCGUGCGCCGAGGACUACCGGGGCGAGAGCGAAAGUGACGCGCCCGAGACCAAGUCGCUGACGAGCUUCCUCGCGCGGGUCAAGCAGGCGCAGGGCCUCAAGCUGUACAUUGACUACCACUCGUACUCGCAGCUCUUUAUGACCCCCUACGGAUGGACGUGUGACGACGUCGCUCCCAACAACGACGAGCUGCAGUCGUUGGCGGGCGGCGCGGUCGAGGCCAUCCGGUCCGUCCACGGCCUCGAGUUCGGCUACGGCCCCAUCUGCUCUACUAUCUACCGCACUGCCGGCAGCAGCGUCGACUGGGUCAACGAUGUGGCCAAGUCGGACUACACGUUUACUUCGGAGCUGCGCGACACGGGACGCUACGGCUUCAUCCUGCCGGCCAGCCAGAUUGUGCCGAGCGGCGAGGAGGCCUUUGCGGGCGUCAAGUACCUGCUCCAGAACAUGAAGUAG